AUGUGUGCUGUUGUUCGAGGUUCUUCCGGCUACAACAAUGGCUACAAGAAUGGCUACAACAAUGGCUACAAUGGACACACCGGUGGCUACGGCUACAAUGGGUACAGCCGAUCAGCUCCAAGUUCACGAUGGGCUUCUUCCAACAAUAGCAGCAACACUGAUGACAGCCGACGGUUCAUCCAAAAGCUCUCUCAAAGCAAGGGUGGCACAGCUGCACCGAGAACUGAGUUAGAGAUGAAAGCUUCUUUCGACGUCCGAUUGAAAGGUGACCAGUUGACGCGACAGAUUCUUGAAUGCAAAGACCAGUGGCAGCAAUGCUGGGGUGCUGCUGCCGAUUUGCGGCCAGAGGAGGGCAUUGUUGUUUCUCAAGCUCGUGUAGUUGUUUCAGGCCAAGCGGCAGUGAAGCGGUUCCUCGACGCGGAGAAGGGAGGUUUGCCAGAAGAUGCUGUGGCUGCUGUGGAGGUGGUCAUCAAUGCCGUGAGAAAGCUGCUCACGCUGGAGUGGGACGUGUCUCAGGAUGAGGUCAGGGAUUCCCUGCUCAGCAUUCUGGAAGAUGCAAGCGGUUGCUUGCAGAUCCGUCACAAGGACCACAAGGAAGCCAACAAAAGGAUUAUGGACAUCAUGGACGAGCUUGAGAAGCCCUGGUGCAUCAAACUGAAGCCGACAGCUGGAAACACGGCAGAGAAUGCUGAGGAGAGAGAGGGGCAAGACAGGAAGGAGAUCUUCAGCAAUUGGCGCCAUGCCACAGUGGGAUGGCUUUCCCGGCCCGAGAUGUUCUGCCCGGCAACACUUCCGAAGAUGCAGACUGCCAAGUCCAAGCAGCGUGGAGUCUAUGCCACGCGCGAAGAGUACAUGGACACAAUUGAAAAGCUGAUGGUUGGCAUGACUUUCAGCGACGGAAAUGCUGCCAUUUCCCCGCGAUGUUGGGUCAAGGAUUGUGGCUCUACUCUUUGGCCGAUACCUGAACCCAUGGGUCUUCACUGCCGGACACGCGGCUGUUCGCGGCCCGUCGUCUUGGCAUGCAGCAACAACAAGCACGACUCGGGCAUGUGCAAGAAAUGUGCUGCGGACAACACGCAGCAACUUCUGGGUCGUAAAGGUCCAAGAGCCUCCACCCACGUCUAUGAUUGUGUUCUGAGCCGUGUUGGAUUUGAUGGAAGACUGUACUUCGAGAACCUGGAAUCGCGCAGUCCGCCGCAAAUGAAUAUCCACUGGCGAACGACGAGACGUUUGCAGAGCCCGAACCUUGUUGCUCUUGUGAGGCUCACAGAACAAGGUGCGGCGCUCAAGUCAUCCGAUCGCAUCUACUGGGGAGAGGUUUCCCACCACCCUCCUCAUGGAGGAAAACCCCAGGACGAAGCUCGCAACAGAGAGAACGGCUAUCUGGCCGUGAACGUGUCGUCCAUUGCCGGGUUCGAGGAGGAUGCAUUCACGGAGGGGGAUUCCACUGCCAUUAUCGACUGCAUGACCUUCGUCCCUGAGUACAUUCCCGUCUUGAAGGCGCUUGAGAAGCAGAGGCAGGGGCAGAUGCCAUUUGAGGAUGGAGCUCUGCUGAAUCUUUGUUCUUGGCACAGACCAGACCUUGGCAACUUGCUGGAUCCCGAUGCAGAUCUCAGCAACUAUCGCCUUUUGGUGGAGUCCAUGGUGGAAGAGAGCAACUUGCUCCCAAUCAUGGCUGUCCGCCGAGAUCCUGUUCUGUCGGAGAAGCCGCUUGGCAUUGCUUGGCCCUCACGUGGCUCGCGCUUUAGUCCGGCAGUGCCUUGA